CAAAGGUUUGUGUUUGACAAUUUUUCUAUGGCCACGCUUGACGCAAAUUUGUGUGCGCAUCAGAUUUAAUUGUGAUCAAGAAAGAGUCGGACAUCUCUCAAAAAUACAUAUUUAUUUUCCGAAACAGUUAAACGAUUUUGACUUGAAAAUAUUACAAGACUAAGGAGCAUUAUCUGAGGAAAAAUGACUUUGGGUACUUACAACAGACAUCAAGCAGAACGCAAAAAGCAAGCAGCUUUGGCAGCUGCAUUUCCACAAGGGAUACGCUGUCAGAAAUGUCUGGAAUAUGGACAUUGGAGCUACGAAUGUAAAGGCAAACGUAAGAUACCAGUGCGUCCGUCUCGCUCCCAGAUCUUAAAGAAGAACUUGAAAGCGAAGCAGGAGAAUGACUGCAGCAAUGGAAAGUGCAAGAUAUCAAACAAAAAGAAGCGCACAAACUCAGAUUGCUCGGACUGUUCCGAUAGCAGCUCAUCUGGCAGUUCUUCAGACUCGUCGUCAGGUAGCUCAAGCUCCUCCAACAGUGACAGCAGCAGCGACUCUGAGAGCGACAGCAGCAGCAGCAGCAGCAGUGGAUCCGAGUCAUGUAGCGACUGUUAAGUUGUUUCGUUGUUGGAAUUUUCUCAUUUAGAUUUAUUUUUAUGCAUUUGAAGAUUAAUUUUAAUUUUUUAAUGAAUAUAUUUAUUAUCUAUAACAAACUUACUCUCUAUAAUCUUUCUUUUAUAGUUUUUAUUUUCUUUUUCUAUCUGUAUCUAUAUUGGAAAUAAUUGUUUCUUUGUUUAAAUGCGAUGGAGAAGUUCCAGUUUGCCAGUAUGUUUGAUACAUGAUGCUGGUCAUUGAAAAUUAGGAUAAGUUAAAUUUUUG